AUGAGUGCGUUCCACAAGGUCUGGAAGAAAGUUGACCGUCGGACGGACGACACCCAGCAUGAGGCCAACACGAAUCCCCCCGCCAUCGUGCCUCCCCGCCAACCAUCAAUCAGCCAGUUAUUCCCUAACAACCUGUUCAACGGCAUGAGAACCCUGUAUGAGCCAACCGACGCCAAUAUCGAGAUUAUCUUCCUGCACGGGUUGACUGGGCGCUCCGACCAAACGUUUCUCCAUAAACUCACCGGAACAUAUUGGCCUGUGCAUUUACUGGCGCAAGACCUCCCCAAAGCCAGAAUCUCCGCUUUUGGCUACGAUGCAGAUGUUGUCAACAUGUGGAAUCCAGCGUCGCAGAACAACCUCCGCCACCAUGCCACCAAUUUGCUGAACGAUCUAGCCCGGAUCAGAAAUCCCAACAGGCCCGGCCGCUUCCCGGAAAAGAUCCUUUUCGUGGCCCAUAGCCUAGGCGGGCUUAUCACCAAGAGAGCACUGGCCCUUUCGCAACACAGCCCGGUAGACUAUCUACGGCAGAUAGAGGAAGAUACCUCCGGUAUUCUAUUUCUCGGGACGCCGCAUCGCGGAGCCGACAGUGCGCGCUUCGCUCGAGCAGCGGCGAAUAUUGCCAAAAUGUCGGGAUGGCACGCAAACACUGAUAUCCUCGGCGUGCUAGAAAGACACUCGGAGGUCCUUGAAAGUGUGGGAGGCGAUUUCAUGGGCUGGGUGAAUAACAAGCGUGGCAGGAUCCAGCUGGCAUGCUUCUACGAAGAGCUUCCAGUUGGGAUGCCCGUGAAUGCAAGGGUUGUUGAACCGGAAUCGGCGAAGAUUGCCGGAUGGCUCGAACAGUCAAUCCACGCCAACCAUAUGGACAUGGCUCGGUUUUCCGGGCCCGAUGACGAGGGCUACCAGCGUGUGGCUGAUGUUCUCAUCAGAUGGGCACCGACCCCGGGCAACAGGGCUGACAGUAUCGAUUCUCCUUGCGUUAGACACGAUGUUAAAAAUGCACUGGUGGCCUGCUGUAACAAGCUAGGCCUUCGAUUCGAUGAUCUUCUCAAUGUUCCCAAGGACAAGAAUCCCCCCUUCUUUCCAAUCGACGAGGAGCCAUUGGAAUGGUUCAUCAGUAGUCUAGAGUUCCAGGUUUGGCAGAGAGAAGAUGGUCCCGCUUUACUCUGGCUCCAUGGGCUUCCAAGCUCCGGGAAGACAGUAAUCAUGUCUUAUGUUUUGGCGCGUCUUCCACGCUAUCUUGGACAUAAAAAUAAUUUUGACUCUGCUGCAGCAUUCUGCAAUUGUUAUUAUUCCGAGGAGCUGGUGGUCGCAUCACUUGUCCUGCAACUGGCGGAGACCAGGAAUGACGCUCAAGGUAUCAUGGCAACCGCGAAGCCCAUGCCGCCAUCGCCCACCCAGACGGACCUUGUUCAGUAUCUAUGGAGCCUGUUAACAUGCAUGAUCACAGAAGCCCCGCUCCGUGAAACGAUUCUCUUACUUGACGGCAUCGACCACCUCAAACCCGAUGUCCGAGCAUCCUUUCUCCAGAACUUCCGAAGGCUUGAACGGCAGGCUCACUCCAGCGCUACAAUCCGGGUCCUGUGCACUUCGAAGCCAUAUCCGGACCUCCAAGAGGCGCUGUCUCACUAUGUGAGCAUAGAUCGAGAAAGGGAAAGAAUGGACUGCCUCAAAACGCUCUUCUUCCAGGAAUGGAACGCGCGAGAGACCCGCAUAGAAGCACCUGUGGAAGGGGGCAGUUGGCUGCCGGGCCACAAGAACUAUCUGGGGUGGAAGGAGAGCCCGCGGUCUGAUCUUUUGUGGAUUGAGGGCAAGCCAGGAAGUGGGAAAUCCACCCUAGCAAAGAAGAUUGCUCGCAGGCUCCAGAACGAGCGCAACCUGUCCCGUUCAAUCCCCAGCGAUGCCUCAACCGUUCUAGAUAACGGACGGGACUAUCCGCCUGAAAACAGGCACCUCAUUGCUGAUUUCUACUACAGCUUCCGCGGAGGAAUCCCUGAGACCAGCCACGAGCUCAUGCUGCGUUCCAUUGUUUAUCAACUCUGGAGCCAGGACGAGAGGCUUUACGUGCUUCUUCGAGACCUCUAUCGGGAACUGAAGGAGCAGCGAGGUGGCACCACAGGAAACGGAUCAAUCUGGCGUUAUGACGAUCUGAAGUCGGCUUUACGUUGCCUGCAUCAGAUUUGGGUCCCUCUUGAGGUCUUCAUUAUCGUGGAUGGAAUGGACGAAUCUGGCAGUAUGCAGCGCGACGAUUUACUCCGGUUUCUGUACGCACUCUCCAGCGAGACAACCAAGUGUACCUUCAAGAUACUGGUCGCCAGCAGGCCCGAGCCUGAUAUCAAUACCGAAUUGAUGCGAUGCCGCCACAUCGUUCUGCAAGAUGAGAACAUGGGGGAUGUUCGAGAGAUAGUUGAUCAGAAAAUCAAAGCAAUCAAGGACCUAUGCAUGGCCGGCGGAAGUGACAAUGAUCUAUCACUAUCCAGACAAGAUCGAUUCCAGGAUGGACUUUCCAUGAUCGGAGAGUACAUCAUUGACAACUCGCAAGGGAUCAUUCUUUGGGUCUCGCUGGUCCUAAAGGACUUGGUUAGAGACGUCAACAAAGGGGCAUUCACCGUGGCGUCUCUUGACAAACGAGUACGCCGGCUUCCGAAAGAGCUCGGUGGACCAAACGGCCUCUACCGAGAGAUUAUAGAUUCCCUGGUGAGACACAUCGAAGAAGCAUCCCAAGACGACCAAGACCGCGAAGAAGACUUACAACAAGGACGAAGAAUUCUUGCCUGGGUGACCUUUCCCAAGCGACCUAUUUCAAUCCGUGAACUUGGGGGUGUCCUUGCAACGCCCCCUAUGUUGGAUGACACGGAACUGACAACCUAUGACCUUGACAGAAACGUACCAAUGCAACUGGAAAAGGGAGUCCUUUCAUACUGUGGUAACCUUGUUGAAGUACGACCAGUUGCGAAUGGCAAGAUUGUACAACUCGUACAUCAAACUACCAGAGACUUCCUGAUAAGUCACAGGGAGCUCGCGAGCCCGUACGACCUUAGCGCCUCUGAUGGAGACCUUGAAAUUGCAAGCACAUGCUGCAACCACUUGCGGAUUGCGUUUACUCCAGCAAGUCUCCAACCUGACCCAAAGGGGGACUACUCGCAGGUUGACCAAGUGAUUGAGGGCCUGGUUAAUUGCGAACUCCUUCCGUAUGCGCUGUCGAAUCUAAGUUCGCAUCUGGAUCAUCUCGAACAGAGGGACGAGAAGAUACGUCAGGACUUUGAACUGUUCCUGGCAAGAGUCCAGUCUACUCCCACCUCCUGGCCUGCACUCCUUCUCAAGCAGUGGAUCGCGUCACUAGGCUGGCCGCAGCUGCCAUCAGAGGAAGCGUGGAGAGCCUCUAGCAAAGCUUGUAUCCAGUCAGCAUUAGUCUGGUCCUCGCGUGCUGGUAGACCCCGAGCUGUGGAGUUGCUUAUCGCUCUGCAAGCCGAGGUGAAUGGCAGUGAUCCGCAUGGGACAUUCGCCCUCCAGGCCGCCUCCGCUUCUGGAAGUACAGAUGUUGUGCAGGUCCUGUUGAAGAAUAAUGCGAAUGUCAACGUCCAUGGUGGCGAAUACGGCACGGCCCUCCACGCUGCCUCCGCCCAAGGCCAUAAGGACAUUGUAAAACUGCUGCUGAACAAUGGCGCUGAUGUUAAUGCCCAGGGCGGAGAUUACGGCAAUGCUCUACAGGCAGCCUGCAGUCAAGGCCAUGAGGAAAUUGUAAAAGCACUGAUAGAGCAGGGUGCAGACAUGUAUGCCAAAGGGGGAAUGUACAGCAACGCUUUUCAGGCUUCGUCGGGCAAUGAGGAUAUUGUACAGCUGCUCUUAAUCCAUGAUGCCGAGACAGGCCGUCCAGACGGCAACGCCAGAUGA